AACCACGGAGGAAAGCAACUACAGCAGCUACGCCGUAUAUCACGUGACCUUGUCUGCUGCUGGCUGAGUAAAGUGUUAGCGGUUAGCAGAUUUUUCUAUUUUGUACAUACAUUGUUUUGUAUAUACUGUAUAUGAUGACCUCGUUGGGCGGCGACAAAGCCCGGGGCACUCGGGACAAAGUGCUGCCUGCUGCCACCCACACAACUCAACCACAGAAACAGCUCCAGGCGACCGCAGAGCAGAUCCGGCUCGCCCAGAUGAUCUAUGACAAGAAUGAUGCUGAUUUUGAGGACAAAGUGAACCAGCUGAUGGAGGUGACGGGAAAGAACCAGGACGAGUGCAUGGUAGCGCUCCACGACUGCAAUGAGGAUGUCAACAGAGCCAUCAACUUCCUCCUUGAGAGCACCUCUGACACGACCUCGUGGGAGACAGUGGGGAAAAAGAAACCCCUAGCGAAGGACGGCCCGGCGGAGGGCAAGGAGAACCGGGAGAAGAGAGGAGGAGAGAGGGAGGGCAGCAGGGGCCGGGGAAGCAACCGGAGAGGCAGGGGUGCCAGCAACCGCAGCCGCCAGGGGGAGAGAGUGCGGCCAGAGGAGAAUGGUGUGGAAGUGGGCCCUGUGGACAGAGGGUCAGAGCGAGGCCGCAGGGGGGGAAGAGGGGGUAGAGGUGAGUGUCAUUUAGUGGCACUUUCUCAUAUGUUCCAGUCAACACUCCCAGUCGGAUCUGGAGGCAGAGGAAGGGGCAGGGUGCCAGCUGGAAGCAGGUUUUCAGCCCAGGGAAUGGGGACCUUUAACCCAGCAGACUACACCACAGAACAGGGAACAGGGACCACACAAGAUGACUCCUGGGAGUCAGGGGCCAACAACAGCACAGACGGGACAGUGGCCUGGAGGAGUACUCUGGAGGACUGGGCUGCUGAGGACUGGAGCGAGGAUCUCUCUGAGACCAAAGUGUUCACUGCUUCAAGUGCACCUGCACCUCAGAACCACAUCACACCUGGGCAAAGUCUGAACCUGGCCUCUAUGCUGCAGAAGCCAGUGGGAGGAGGAGAGGCUCCCUCCUCUCAGAGCCUGGUCUUCACCAACUCCCACCAUCACCCCACCCACAACGGGUCAGCCAUCGGCACAGGCAGUACCAGCUACGCACAUGCCGCCCUGUCGUCAGUGCUGGGGGCAGGUUUUGGGGACCUGGGUCAGUCUAAGAGGAGUCAGUCCAGUCCGGGGGCCCAGAUCUUGGAGCAGCUGAAGGGCCCAGGCCUGGGUCCUCUCCCUUCCUCCCAGGCAGCCCCCCCUCCCAGCACACAGGGGGCCAGCAGCACCUCUCUGGGGAGUAGACUCCCAGGGUUAGGAGUAGCACCCCCGGUCCUCCCUCCACCUUCCACUUCCAGCUGGGACAACAAGGCCCCUGAGCCCAGCACCACCACCUCCUCACUCACCUCCCACUUCAGCCGGGAGUUUAGGCUGCAGCCUGAGCCAUCCCUGGUGCUGAGCCAUCUGGCCCAGAGACACAGCGCCCCCUCCCUGCCCCUGGUGUGCCAGUCCAGCCCCCCGCCAGCCCAAUCCCCAUCCCCCAGCCAGGGACCCCCCCUGGCCGCCAUCGGUGCCAAGCCUGCCCCCAGCGCAGGGCCGGACCCUCAGGGCAGCAGCUCGCUGCAGCAGCACCGCAUUCCGCAGCUAAAGGCUCAGAAACGAAGGAUACCUCCCACCUCCAAGAUCCCCUUGUCGGCGGUGGAAAUGCCUGGCUCUGCCGACAUCCCCGGUCUAAACGUUCAGUUCGGAGCGCUGGACUUUGGCUCGGAGGCAGCCCUGCCGGACUUUGGCCCUGUGGAGACAUGCGUCAGCGUGGCCUCCAGGGAGUCCACCAGGGCCCCCGCCCCACAGAGCCAGACCAACCUCUACUCCAAACCCCUCAGUGAAUCUAUGGGCAUCCCUCUCUCCGUUCCCCUCCCUCUGUCCUCCUCUGAGCCCAUCUACCACUUCCCGUCGGUGGCCAUGCCCAGCCUCGCCCCCUCCUCUAUGGGUACGGUCAGCUCCUCCACUCCCUCCUCCUCCAUCUCUUCCUCGGUGCCCUCCUCCUCCACAUCUCCCUUCGUCUCACUGGGAAGCGGUUAUGACUGUGGGCCUGUGGCCCCUCACUCACGCCUGGCCUUCUCCCAGAGCAAAGAGGCCCCCGGACCAAUCAUGAACGGUCUGAACGGUGUGAGGACGUCUGCUAUGGACACUUCAUCAGCCUCCUCCACGCCAGAGUCUCCCUCUCCGAGCAUCAGUACCAGCAGUGCUCCUGCCCCCUCUGCCCUCAUGCCCUCCUCCAUACCCCCCCAAAGCUCAGCACUUCCCAGUCUGCCACAUGACAUGCCCUCUGCCAGCCUGGCAACACAGAACAGCCAUGGCAGCAGUAGUCAUUCCUCAGCACUUGGCUCCAGCUCUCUCACUUACACCAGUGUGGAGAGUAGUGUGAGCUCUCUGGCGCCCUCGUCUGGCGCCUACUCAUCUGGUCAUGCCAUGGCCCAGUCGCUCCACCAGGCCCCGGCCCAGUCGCUCCACCAGGCCCCCGCCCAGUCGCUGCACCAGGUCAACAGCAGCAUGGCUCACAUCAUGGGCACCAUGAGCCACAUGAACAGUAUGGUCAGUAGCAUGGGUGGCACCAGCGGGCUACACGCCAACCAAGCACUGGGGCUCAGCGCCAACGGAACCACAGCCCAAUCGAACCUCUGCUCGGCCCCCAGGACCGCACCGCUGCUCUCCUCCUCAACUGGUAAAGCUCCUCCUAACCUGUCCCAGGGAGGGCCCCCACUACUGCCCAACCAGUACAUCAUGGGCCCAGGAGGCCUGCUGCCUGCCUACCCGCAGAUCUAUGGCUAUGAGGACCUCCACAUGCUACAGUCCAGACUGCCUAUGCCCUCUUUGCAGGAUUAUUACGGAAUCACAUUCCCUGGCCCCACAGCACUCUCUGGCAGAGAUGGGAACCUCGCCAAUAACCCCUACUCAGGUGAAGUCACAAAGUUUGGCAGGGGUGACUCCACCUCCCCUGCACCCCCCAGCAGCUUGUCAGCCCAACAGCAGCCCCAACAAGGCCAGCCCCAGGCCCAGACUCAACCCCCCCAGCCUCAAGGCCAGCCCCAGCCUCAGGGCCACCACAGCAGCCAGCAGCAGCAGGCCUUCCUCCCGCCGGGCUACAGCUACACGGGCCUGCCCUACUAUCCCGGGAUGCCUGGUGCUGCCUUCCAGUACGGCCACACCAUGUUCAUGCCCCAGGGACAAGGGCCAGCCAAGCAGCAUGGUGUGGGUCUGGGCAACCCCUCAGCAAGCCCCUUCCAGCAGCAGCCCAGCGGCUACGGCCAGCACACUUUCAGCUCAGGGUAUGAGGACCUGACCCAGGGCCAAGCAGGAGUGGACUACAGCAAAGGCUACAGCAACUCCUCCCAGAGCCAGGCCAAAUCUGCUGCUACAGGUGCUGGUAAAGGCGGCAUCUCUGUGACAUCAGGCAACACCGGGAUCCCAGAAAUCAGUGGCAGUGUUUACAACAAGACCCAGUCCUUUGAUAAGCAAGGUUUCCAUGCGGGGACUCCCCCUCCCUUCAACCUGCCCUCAGCUCUGGGGGGUCCUGGAGGGGCCCCGGGGGGCUAUGCUCCUGCCCCCUUCCUCCACAUCCUGCAGCCUGCCCACCAGCAACCCCACUCCCAGAUGCUGCACCAUCACCUGGCUCAGGACGGACAGGGCGGUCCUAGCCAGCGAGGCCAGUCUAGCAGCAUGCAGCAGAAGAGCCAGGUGAACAAGUCCAGCUACGGCAGCUCCCCAUACUGGGGCAACUGACAGGGCUGUGUGUGUCUGAGUGUGUACACGUACUGCAUCGUGCCCACCUAUCUUGACUGAUCAGACCAUAGAAGGACAAACCAUUUUACAGCCCCAAGCUAAAACACACUACCACCCCCCCUACUCAAUAUUCCCCUUUUCAAAUUUAUGGCUGUUGUAUGUAAAAUAUAUUUAUGUAUUUAUACAGUAUAUAUGUAUUGGUAGGAAAUGAAAUGUGAUUUUCUGCAUUUGUUUUAUUUUUUCGAAGGAUGUUUUGUUUUAUUUCAAAAUGUCGGGAAGAUGAGUGCAUCAAAGAUCAUGAGAAGUAAUUAUGAAGUUGGUGAAUAUACUUGAACCAGAACAAGCAUCAUGUGGCGUCGACGAUUUUUGUAUGCAUACAUGACCCUGAUGUACGUUACUGCUAAGCAUCAUUUUUCAUGGUGAAGCCUUUUUUUUAAAGCUGUCUUUUUGUUUUGUAACUUGUCUCUCCCAUCUGAACUCUUUUCUAUUGAGGGUGACAUAAGUUGAUAGCUUGAGUUUUAUUUUUACCCCCUAUAUCCCACCAUUUGAUUCCCACCUUAAGUUGGCUGACGUGUGACAGCCAGGCAUUGGAUUUGAUGUCAAUAACAUUGGUUUAAUCUUCAUUGUCCAACAAAUAAAAGUUCUGAACAGUUA